AUGACUAAAAUCCAAAAACGACUUAUCAUUAUCACGGAUCACAACUAUGGACUAUGGCGCCAUGAAAUAUUAUCACAGUUGUCGGUUGUUGAUAGAACAAAAUAACUAAUACAUCGAGUUUAAUUGGCAAUUUAAAAUUCGGUUUAAUCAAUUAAUACUACUAAUACCCUUAAUAAUUAAGAAUUACUAUCAAGUGUAUAAAACAGUGGUUUUCAAACUGAGUACCGCGAGCAUUUACUAGGUUUGCUGCGGUUUUGAAAUUUUGUUCGAUAAAUUGUGACGGACCACCGGUUACGGUGAUCCGCACGUUAAGUAUUAAGUCGUGAUUCUAUUAAUUAUGGCUCGUUUAAUUGUGACCCAUGAAUUUUGUGCGAAAAAUUAAACAAUAACUAAAAUGAAAAACUAGGUUUAGUAUACCGUGAAAAUAUCGUGAAGAGCGAGUAGAAGGGGUAUAGUUAAUAAUGUAGUUCGUUGCACCCAUAUUAAGGUACAAUAAUAAUUGACCACUCGAAUAUAAGUAUUCUUGUAAAUGGGUUUAAUGGGUUGCACGACAUAAUAUAAUAUUUAUCGACCUUAAAAAAAUUGCAAAAUUGCCACUACCCCUUCUCCCUUCAAAGUUUCAAAAUUUGUUUUAUAUAUACAUUGUUUACGCAAUCAUGGGCUGUUGGAAAAAAUGACGCGUCACACGAAUUGUACAUAAUAAACCUUUAUCGGAAAUUAUUGAAACAGUUCGAUUGUUUUCGUUGACGGCAGAUAAGGGCAAUAAUAUUAUGCAAUAUUACGUUCUCUAUGAUUGUUCCUAACGUCAUCGUAACAAUAAACUCCGAAAGAAAACCGUGACGUCAUCUGAAUUAUUUUCAAAUUUUCAAUAUUUAUAGGGAACGCACGGCGCCACUCCCGGCCGAACCGACAACAAAAGAUUACAGUGUCAGCCGCCUUACAGUUAUUAAGAUGUACUACGGUAAUAUUGUAACCACCGUAUAAGUCUAAUUUAGUUUAAUCUAUGGCGUGAGCGCGCGUUUCGAAAUCCGGUUUCCCGGGCCAUCGCUCAAUGUGGCUACACUGGCGAAUAUUUUUUUUUUUUUUACGAAAUUUUCGAAUUUACAGAAAUCCUAAAUACUGAUUCGAAAGAACGGAACUUGCGGUGUAAAUUUUAUUGGCGUUUUGAAUUUUCGACCUGCUGUGUCAGACUCUAGGGCUUAAGGCCAAAAUUCUCGGACUGUGCACCCUGCCUCUUUCGGCGCGGUACUUAUUCGUCCUACCCUCCGCCCGCCCAGUCGUCAUGUGUAGCCAACCAACGAUUUCCAAGAACGGUACAACGUACAACGCACACACACACAAAAACAAAUACACACUAUUGUGCACGAUCAUUCAUUAGUGUGGUCGUUGUUGUUUCCGUUCGUUCUGUUCCCGUUUUCGUUCGUUCAACGCGUUUUCCAUUACAUCUGUGCAUCGCCAACAGGUAUCUCUGUAAGUAAAUAUCAUCAUCGUCAUAUUAUUAUUAAUAUUAUUGUGCGCUUUAUUAAUGUUGUAUCCAUUCCGUGUCCCAUGACUGGCCGUCUCGUUUUGGCGACGGCGGUUCGGUCCCGGUGCCGAUCAACGACGCGUCGCGGUUGUCACGUUGUCGGCGUUCGUUUCGGAAACUGCCACUCGGUGGCGACUCGGCGACAAUCAACCGUAACCCGUUGUAGAUGACCGGCACCGCAAACCCUUUAACAUUUUUCAUGUCUUUGUGGCGGUCAUGGCCUUGACAUUAAUAUUUAAUUAUUAUUAUUAUUAUUAUUAUUAUUUCCUUGUUCCGAUUUUCGUCACCACCGUGUCGGGGAAUCUAUCUUGCCAACGAGGUCCGUGUUGGCCGAAAUGGCGUCACGACGGACUUACCGUCGUGACCUACUACCUAACGUGUGACCCAUCAGUUUAUAGUCUGGCAAUAAUCGACUUGGUUUAAUACGUUACUUCGGUUAUUACUAAGAAAAAAACUCCACAUAUUCUAUGACCCUAUUGACGUCAUGAGUACCUACGAUUACGAUUCUUAGUUUUAGUAUAUUUUAUGGGUGAUUUUACCCAUUCCACUACCCUCUCAUCACCCGUGUCUUUAUGACAAAUAUUAUUUAAUCUAUCAUGUCAACGCGUUUGCUAUUUUGUGUUCAUAUCAAAUCGAAAAUCUAAUUAAGUUGAUAUAGUAUGUAUUUUAACAGAGAUUUUACUUUAUUUGUUUAUUUCAUUUCCCCUGAAAUUCCUUAUUAUCUAAGUACCUACCUAUUGACUACAUUUAUUGUUUUCACUCCAACAAUUUUGUUCGUUUAUAAUUAAUCAAAUCAAAUAAGUCCAGAACAAUAGAUAUGUGUCUUGUGAAAGUAUAUUAUAUUAUUCCUUGAACAUUUGGCCUUAAACAAUUAAUUUGUUGAAUUUGUAUUAUAUUUCAUACCUACUGUUCCUAAUGAGUGCUUAAUUGUUUUUAAAAUUACUAUUGGCUUAUUAAUAAUUAGGUUAAUUUUAGAUACAUUUUUGAUCAAAUGUUAAUUUAGGUAUUAAAUUUUUUUGUUUAUACCUUAGUAACAACAACCUUGGUAUAAUAAUUUUAAAUUGUAGUCAAAUUAUACUAGAAAAUUGUAAUUUAAAAAAAUUUAGGUAGAAAGAGGGGAAGAGAAGACAAAAAAAAAAAGAGGUAGAUUCAAUUGAUAAUGAUAGGAGGACAGUGAAUGUUUGUGUGGACCAUUUAAGGGAUUGGGUCAAGUGGAAGUUAAGGACAAAGGUAGCCGGCCCAACAUAGUUGAGAUGAAGGUGAAUAAAAAGAAGUAAUAUAUCUGACUUACUGUUUAUUAAUAUGAGUCAGUUAUAUGGCACCUGUUCUUUGGAAUUUUCUCACCAAAUUACUUUUUUUUGUAACCAUUUCUAAAGCCUAGAAAAACUUUUAUUUUUCUGGUUUUGGAAUGACGACCCUCUUGUCAUAAAAGCAUCCUAUAAAAACCAAAUCCAAACAGUACGUGGGCCAUAUCAAAUUGGCAUGCACCCUAAUUUAUGUACUUAUAUUGUAAAAAUUGAACACAAAUUUGCAACUUAAAAAUAUUAGUUAAUUAUCAUAUUUACUAUCUCUUUUUGAAAUUAUAAUGAUUUACAACUAUUUGUUGACUUAAGAAAUUUAUUCAAAAUACUUUUAUUGUAACUAGUGCAUUUGUAUAGGCAAAUAAAUAAUCUCUGUAUUUAUCCGUAUAUAGGUACUUAAAAUGUAUUGUGAUUUUUUAUUUUAAUGAAAAAAAGGUUGGAUUAGAUUUAUAUUUUAUUGUGUAUUCAAAUCAACUAUGUUCAAUUUAUGGUUGGAAAUGUUAUAUCAGUACCUGUAAAACAAAAAUAGAUUUUCUGGGUUUUAUAGAGGGUUGUAACGAAUUUGGGGAAAAAGGUCUGUAUAGAUGAAACAGAAAAAAACAGUAUUUAUUUAAGAUCAAAAAAGAUGAAAUCCAAGUGAAUAUCCUAUGCUUAACUAUUUUUUAAUUAAAUAAUGUAGGAAUAUAAAUACUAAAUUUUUAAAGAAUACUUAAUAUUAUUUUUAAAUUGUAGUAAAAGUAUCUUAAGAAUAAUGUACACUAAUGUAAAAUUAUUACUAUACUCUUUAUUUUAAAUUUAAACUUAAUAUUUUUAUAGAUAAAUCCCAUAGUUAUAUAAUGAUUAGUUUAUUUUUUUCCUGGUGGAAAUUAUUAGUAUUUUAAUUCUUUAAAAAUCAUGUCCUAUUGGCUUGUAUUAUUCGUGCUUAAUCUGUCUAAUCACAGUAUUUAACUGCGUUAUAUUUCUAUGAAAUAAAAUAUUAUUUAAUAAUAAUAGCCUAAACUCAAUAGAUCAUAAACUUUAUGAAAUUCUUUGGGUAUUGUUCAGUUAGUUUAAUUUUGAAAUAUAUAAAUACUUAAUAUAUCAAUAUACCUACUUAGUAUUUUUUUUGUUAUUUGUUUAUAUUUAAUUUGAUGUAAACAAUUUUUGAUUUUUAACUACAAUAUAUAUGUAUAAAACAAAAAUAUAAAUAAUUUUUCCCAAUUUUAAGUGUUCUUUUUAAUGUGUUAAACAUAACAUAACACACAUAUGGAUCAUAGUUAAAUUUAUAUAUAAUAAUAUCAUCAAAAACAUCUUUAACAAAUUAUUUUUUAUCUAGCUCAGUUCUUAAACUGUAGUAUGCAGAUGUAGUAGCGGUAGUACUGAAAAUGAAUAAGUACAUAUUUGUACUUAUACUUUUAAUGAAUCUAAUAUUAUUUUAUAUUUUGUAUACAAUUUUGUUGAAACAAUUUAAAAAAUAUAUAUAUUUGAAUUUCAAUAUUAUUUUGAUAUUAAUGCAUUGAAAUUUUGAUGAAUUCUAUUUUUAGGCACCAGGGAUGUGUAAAAAAAAACAUAAAUUGUGUGGUACACACCAAAGUUUGAGAACCUUUUUUUUGGACCAUAUUGUUAAACAUAACUAAUUUAUGCUGAAUGUUUACCAAACUAUUAUAUGGAUAUCUCUACAAAAUACUUACCCAUACCCAUCUAAUUAAGUAAAACUAAAUUAAAUUAAUUUUACUGGUAACUAGUGUCAUAUUUGUAGUACCUUAAAAUUUACAAUAUAUUUAUUAUUUUUUAAUAUCUAGGUAGAUUUUAUAGAUUUAUUCUUAUGAUAUGUGAAAGGUUAGGUUUGUUUGAAACAUUUUUUAAAAUUUGUGAAGUGUAAGUUUGUAACAUACAUUUUUUUUUUAUAUUGUGUACACAUAAAGAUUAUAUUAUUUUUAGAAAUAUGCUAAAAGUAAAAAACGAAUACAUUUUCUUUAAAUCACUUGAUACAGUGAUGAGGUUGUAAAUUAUCCCACUGUAAAUCCUUAAAUUAAUUGGAUUCCUCAGGAUUUCCACCACAUAACUUACGUUUGCAAAAUUGAUUUGUUUAUAAUUUUGCUUCAAAUUAUAAAUAUACCGAGGCUUUGCAAUAGAGUGAGAUUAAUAAUUUAAAACAUUUUGGGAAAUGUCAUUAAGCGACAAUAUAAAUUGGAAAGUUCAGAGGAGAUGAUGUUUUAUUGUUGUCCCGCAUUCCAUUAAUAUAUCUACUGACGCACUAAAAUUUAAUUCAAAGACAAACAAUAGUUGUAUGUGGAUUGGAUCUUGGUUAUCCAUAUAAAAAAAUUUUAAAAAAAAACAUUGCUUUUUUGUGUUGAUGACUGAUGUAUUUGAAAUUUUGUAUUCAAAUUAAAGAUUAAUAAUAUCAAAUAAAUACAUAUUUUGUAUAUUAUUAACUUAUAUAUUGCGCAGCUUAUAGGCAGGAUAAAAUUUCCUGGAUCAGUUAUAAUUAUAAUGUAAUAUAUAAUACAAGGUCAUAAUCCGCUAUUACAUUUAUUAUAUUUACUUUAAUUCUGUAAAUGGUUGAUAUAUUAGAAAAAUAUUUUUCAGCGAGUCAUUGUAUGAGUCAAAAAACAGAAAAACCGGUACUGUCAGGUCAACGCAUCAAGACCAGAAAAAGAGGUAAGAAUAUUUGGUAUUAAUACAGAUUAAAAGACAUGGUAAAUUAACUAUAAUGUUAUAUUAGGUAUUUUAUAUAUGUUACAGUUAAAACCCGAAAUUUGUCAAAACUAGUUUCCACAAAUCCCUUUAGUUAAUUGUAGUUUUAACUGGGCAAAACUAGAAUUAACUAUGGAUUUAAAUAAGUCUGUCAAAACUAGUUUUUUUCUGAAACACGGAUUCCAACCUGCACUACCUAAAACUCAUACAAUCUAUAAAUAUUUCUCCAUAAAUUUGACUGGUCGGCUAUCAAAUCAAUUAAGAUAACUUUAACCAGUCGUCUAUCUAAUAAUUUAUAGAUAUGAUAACUUAGACUGAUUAUACCCAAUAUAUAAUAAUUCGGCCGCUGUAGCUUUUGAGCCUGUGUUUUCAGUUUUUGCCAGUUCAUUUGUCUUCGUUGUAGUUAUUGUACCUACAUGUGUGUUUGUCUUGUGCAACUAGUUUUCACAAAUAUAUUUCAGAUACAACUAGUUCUAACUAAACUAAAGUAAGUUAAAAUCUAGUUUUGACGGAUUUCAAGUUUUAACCGUAACAUGUGUAAUAAAUGUUUAAUCACAAUAGAAUAUGGUUUUAAAUGUUUUAAUAUAAGCUAAAUCCAAUAUUAUGUAUGUAGUGAAUUUGUAAUACAUUUUCAAAAAUAUUAUUUAUAUUUGUAUUUAUUAUCUCUUUAAUUCAAUAGGCAGUAUUAAUUAUAUUGUAGAAUAUUAAUUAAAUACUUAACGAAGUUUAGGUAGGUCAAUUUCAAAAAAAGGAAUAUUUUUGAGAACCCUGCAGUCUUUAAGAAAAAUUAUCUAAUAAAGAUUUGUUACUAUGAUAUGAAAUGGUUUAAUUAUAAAUGCUAUAAUUACCUACCUAUAUAUAAUUUUUUACAAAAAAAAAAAAAAACUUGAAGGAGGAAGGUAUUCAAAAUUAUUAACAUUAUAAAUGUGUUCACACGUGUUAAUGUAAUUUCACAAUAUUUUCCAUGGGUUUUGACAGAUGUGUUAAAAUGUCUUCUUAAAGGUCACCCCUUAAUUUGACAUUAUUAUUGGUGGAAUAUUAACCUCGCAUCAGUAUCAUUUUGAUCAUCAAUUUAUUGUUUUUUAUUAAUUUAAAUUAAACUUAUUACUAAAUAAUUUUUUUUAAAUUUAUUUUAUGUUGGGGACAUAAUUUAUUAGCCUAUUAUUAUUAUUAUUAUUAUUAUUAUUUUGUUAUAGUAUACUAUUGUUUAUUUUAAGAUGAAAAAGAAAAAUACGAUCCUUUUGGCUUCCGGGACUAUAUCCUUGGGGGCCUUAACGGUGCCGGCACAGACCUAGAAGCAAUUUGGAAAUUCCUCGAUCAAGCCGGUUCUAAAGUUGAUUAUCGCCGUUAUGGUGAAGUCCUCUUUGAUAUAUUGAUCGCUGGAGGUCUUUUAGGUGAUGCAUUUAUAAUAUAACUUUUAUUUAUUCAUUUUGCAGUUCUCUCUAUAAUUAAAUUUUUUUUUUAUUUUAGUCCCGGGAGGAUCUAUAUCACAAGAUGGGUCAAUAUCUCAGGAUGGAGACAAACUUUGGAAAACAAACGCAUGUGUUUUUGAAGCACCCGAGGAUAUGGUAUCCAUGCGAAACUAUGAACAAGUGUUCAUCAAGCUCAUGCGUCGAUACAAAUAUCUUGAGAAAAUGUUUGAGGAAGAGAUGAAGAAAAUUUUGCUGUUUAUUAAAGGUUUUAGCGAUAUUGAGCGUGUAAAACUGGCACGUAUGACCACAUUGUGGAUUUCAAAUGGUUCAAUUCCACCUACUGUUCUUCAAGUGCUUACUAAUGUAAGUAAUAUAGAAAUGUGAAUGUUAAUACAUUACUUUGAAUACAUUUUUUUUUUUAGGAGCACUUAAUUAAAGAUGGCCUGGCUCUUGAUUUUCUCAUCGAACUCUUUGUCACAUAUAAACAAGAGGUAGGUGUACCUAAUUUGUUGACUGUAUUAAAAAAAGGAGGACUUGAAAGUCGUUUGAUGGAUUUUUUGCCACCGAAUAAACGUACUGAAGAAAAUCUCCGUGCACAGUUUGAAGAAAAAGGAUUGAGUGAUGUGGUUAAGUUACAUUUAGCCCAGGCUAGUCAAGAAGCAAAACGGAACUUGGAAAUUCAGUUACAUGACGACUUCAAUGAUAAUAAAAACAUGAAAGAGAUUAUUUCGAAUAUCAAAGAAUUAUCUUCUAAACAUGAUAUUCCUGAACACGAAAUUAUUGUUUUGGUAAUUAUCAACUUCUAUUUUUAGCCAAUUAAGCUGCAAUGUGAAAAAAAUGGACAUAGUUUUGAAAGGUCAUAAUAAUAUUCGAAUUUUGAAAACAAUAAAAAUUAAUUUUGUAAAUUUUUCCAUUUGUUAUGAAAACUCUUGGGUUAAUCAAUAAAUGACCUUCCUAGAGUACCACCCUACAAAUAUUCUUUUCAGUAAAGUUGCUACACUUGAAAAUCCGAGCAAAAUUUUUGGUAUUGAAAUUGUUAGCAAAUAAAAAGAAAACAUCGUAAAAUCAAUACAUUCUUCGCUUUGCUCAGAAUUAAAAACUAUGAAAAUUGUACUUUAAAAAGUACUAAAAAAGUGAAUUUUUAAAUGGAAAUCCCUUAGGUAAUUUUUUUUAUUAAUUUUAUUAAUAACCAUUGUCUAUGAUGCUAUCUAAUCUCUUAUCUUAUGCUCAGUUUUGUGUAUUUGAAAGAGAACAUAAAUGCAGUGUAUAUUCAAAUUUUUAUGGCAAAUUUAAACUACAAAAAUGAGGGAAUUUCUACAGAGGGCAAAAACAUGUUUAAAUCAUAAUUUUUAGCAGUUGGAAAAAUGUAUAACAUUAUUUAUAAAUGUUAUAUUGAAUAUAAAAACUGAAAUUCAAAUAAUUAUUUGUACAUUUUUUUUUAAAAUUCAUCUAGAGAAACUAAUUGUUUGAAAAAAAAAAAAAAUUAAGUUAUGGUAGAGGAACAAGAUUAUCCCUGCCCCUAAAAUAAUUAAAAUAUUUGUGUUUAUAGAAAUUGGUUUUCAUGUAACAUUAAAAAAGGUUAUUAUGUGCAUAAGUAAAAUUGACUGGCAUACAAAUAGAAGAUUAAAAGGUGCAUAACAAAAAUUGUUCCAAAAAAAAAAUAAUAAUAAUAUUUCAAAUAUUUUUAAUGCGAGAGUUCUAGUUGUUCCAACUUACAGUAUACUUCUUAAAUUUGUAUAUAAAUAGAAUUUGAAUUUUAAGAUAUCUAUUUUAUAAUUGGUCUUUAAGCUUUGUAAUUUAGUAAAUAUAAAAAGAUUUAAAUAUUUACUAUCACUUAUGUUAUAUUUCAACAUAUUUUUAUGAAAAGUAUAUUAUAAAUUAUUUGUUUUGUAGGUUUGGAGUGUUGUUAUGAGACAAGUGGAAUGGAAUAAAAAAGAAGAAUUACUAGCAGAUCAAGCUCUUAAACAUUUAAAACAGUAUUCACCAUUGUUUUCAGCAUUUUCAACCACUGCGCGUUCCGAAUUGGCACUUAUGCUCAAAGUUCAAGAAUACUGCUAUGAGAACAUGAAUUUCAUGAGAGUCUUCCAGAAGAUCAUAUUACUCUUCUAUAAAAGUGUGUGCAUAUUUUUAUUAUCUUUAUUUUUGUAACUAAAUAUAUUUUUUUUGUAGCCGAAGUAUUGACUGAAGAAGUAAUUUUAAAAUGGUACAAGGAGGGACACUCUAAGGGUAAAACAACAUUUUUGGAGCAAAUGAAAAAAUUCAUUGAAUGGCUUCAGAAUGCUGAAGAAGGUAAGAUAUUGAUAUAGUUAUAUACAUUUUAAUAACUGAUAUUUAUACACUUCUGAAAAUUAAAAUAACCAAUUAAUUGCAAAUUCCUAUCCUGAAUAACUUAAUUAUAUAUAGAUGUUAACAUAUUUAUUUUAUAAAAAGUACCUGUCUUGGUAAUCUUUGUUGAACUUUUAUCAAAUACUUAACAACAAAGGGAUUUUAAAAAAAGUAAAUGAACAGUUGCCUUCAAUGCUCACAUAUUUCCGUCAAGUUCCAAAUUCUAGUGUUCAUACAAAUGUGUUUGACAUUGUCGACCAUGUCUCAAUAAAUUAUCUCUUCAUAUUCUUCAUAGAAAAAUAAUUUUUUCAACAUUCUGUCUUACAAAAUUAAGUAGAUAUCUGUAACCUCUGUCUUGGUGAUGCCUUUGUUAAAUAUUGUAAAGGAUCAAAUGCUUAACAGAGGGAUAUUAAAAAAAUUAAAUGAACAGUUGCCUUCGGUGCUCACACAUUUCCGUCUGAGUUCCACCCUCUAAUGUUCAUACAAGUGUAUUCGACAAUAUCAUGUUUCAAUAAGAUAUUUGUAGAAUUAUAGUUAUUACAAUUUUUAUUAUAAAAUUAAGUAGAUAUCUGUAACCUUUGUCUUGGUGAUGCCUUUGUUAAAUAUUGUAAAGGAUCAAAUGCUUAACAGAGGGAUAUUAAAAAAAGUAAAUGAACAGUUGCCUUCGGUGCUCACACAUUUCCGUCUGAGUUCCACCCUCUAGUGUCCAUACAAUAUUAUGUUUUAAAAAUAUUAAAUUAUUAGUUUAUCAAUCUGCCUUUUACUAUUUAUAUAAUUUAAAAAUGUAUUGAUAAAGAAAGUUUAUUGGAAAGAUUUGAUUUUAACUAAAACUUGUCAUGCUUUGGGUAUUCAUCUUGUGGUAUUUAUAUACUUUGAUUUCAUAUUUUGAUGCUUAACUAAGUUCUAUUAAAAAUAUUGUUUUUUUUUUAUUUGCUUAAAAUUAUCACCAACCUGCUUCACUGAUAUUCCCUUAUUAUCUUUUAACUAUAUUCAAUCUUUGUAUAAUUAAUAUCAAUAAUCCACCCUUGAUAAGAAACUAAUUAUUUUUUAUAUAAUUCUAAAAUCAGAAUUUACCUCUGAAUAAUAAAUACAAUUAUUUAAUUUUGAAGUUAUAUGUUUAUUUGUUUUGCCUUACGGUAUAACCAUAAUUUAUUUUUCAGAAUCUGAGUCUGGAGAAGAUGAUGAUUAAAUUAAGAAAAAAAUAACCAGCCUCAAAAUAAUAGAUUAAGUGAAAAAAAAAUGUAAGAAGAAUUAACACAGAUGUCAGCCAACGACCAAAACAUUUUACUAAGGAUUUUCAAAAACUUGUUUUGUUUCUAUUUUAAAUAAAUAACACCAAUGAUAUUAUAAUAAAUAUGAUUAAAAAAAUGUAUAGGUGAAAAACAAAUGAUUUAUAAUAUUAUUUUUUUUGAGCAUAUUAGUAAUGAACAAACAAUAGUUAUAUAAUUAGUAAUUUAGUUAUUCAAAGAUAUUACUUUCAUUGUACCUACACAAGAUAUUCACAAUAGCAACGAAAAAAAAUAAUUUAUUCCAGUUACAUCUAUACAUAUUGUAAUACAUAAAAUUUAUAUAUUAAAUAUAAUAAUUUCAGUGGUGUAUGGCUGUAUAUAAGUGUUUUUUUUUUUUUUUUUAAAUAAACAAACAAUAUUUUGUAAUAAUUGUUUUUUUUCUUGCCCUUUAUAUGAUAUUAUACAGGCAUAACACUGAAUAUUUAAGCAUAGUUGUUUAGUCUACCAACACGUCCACGCAUACAUAUGUGACUAAAAUUUUCAAUUUCUUUUUUAAAUAUGUUAAAUAGAUAUAUAUAUAACAAUAAAGUUAUACAAAAUAAAUCUUAACAAAUGUCUAGUAAAAAAAAAUAAUAUUUUGUAUAAUAUAGUAGUAGUAAUAAUAAUUAUAAUAAUAAUAAUAAUAAUAAUAAUAAUAAUAAAGCAAACAUUACACAUGGAAACUGGAAGGUGAUAAUUAUAAUAAAAAUAAUAAGAACAUACAAUUUUCAUUAAAAAGGUUUUCAGUUAUCACAAUACACUUGGCAAAAAAAAAAAAAAAAAAAAACAAUAUUAGUAUGUUUGGGAAAAAAUAUGGUCAAUAAUUAAUAAUUUGGAUAAUUGUGAGAUUUUGCGCUGCAAGUUAAUAUAUUUAUAUUGAAAUGUGCUUAAAAACUAAAGAGAUCAAUAAAGACAAGGGAACAGUAGUAGUCAACGACAAUUAUUUUCACUCUGAGCAGAAAAAUUGGUUUAAAAAAUAUAUAUAUUUUAAUUUUAAUGCAAAAUGGCUAAUCGAGUAAUAUUGUAAAUUGAUACAUUGUUAUACAAACAAUAUAGAAUUCUCUAAAUCGUAGCAUAAUAUAUAAAUUAAAAUAGAAGUAUGAAUGAAUAUUCAGUUAUUUGUGUUAAAUAUUCAGAAAUAGUGCUAAAAAUCAGGCAGCCGUACCGGAAACAAACCAGUCAUACUGAUUGGUCGAGCGAUUUCUACAAUUGAGCUACUAAGAAUCUGAUUUAGACACCAUUUCCAAAACACCCUUAACCUUUAACAAUUGAAAAAUCACUAUAUGUAAUAUUGUACAUGUUUAUAAAUUUAUCUCAAUAAAAAUCUAUUAUCAAUAUUAUUAUUGUUAAAAUGAGAAAAAUAUGUUAUAUAAUAUGUAUGUAAAUAUAUUAUUCAAAGAUAUUUUACAUAAGCGAUUGAUACUAAAUAAUUAUUAUAACUUGAUAUUUAUUUUUAAAUAAUUUGUAUUGCAGGUACUUAGGGUAAGGGUAAAUUCGUUAAGUGUGACAAUUAAUUAAAAUACAAAAUAAUAUAUUAUAUAAUAGUAAUAAAAUAAUAGUAAAAAUAAUAUCUAAACUCUAUAUGUACUAUUUUUAAAUAUAUAACACUAUGAACUAUAUAAAAGCUACUCACGACCACAACAUUUAUGUAUUGAUAAUAACACAGUUACUAUAAAGUAAAAACUAAGAAUUUUAAAUAAAUCUUAAUGGAUAUGUUUUCAGCGCAUUGUUUCCACUCAGUACCUGUAGUUGUUUCAAACAAAAAGGAGCCCCAAGAACGAAAAUUAAAUGCUAAUAAUAAUCACAUAUAAUAUAUAUAUUAUAUAUAAAAAUAAUAAGUAAAAUCUACAGUAGUAUUAAAAAUGAGCGAUAAAGUUUAAAAUGAAUUUAAAAGUUUAGUACUGCCAACAAGUCAUAAAAUAUGUAAAAUGAUUUCUUGUUUUAAAGUUUGUACAAAGUGAAAUAAAUAUUGUCGUAGUUUGAAAAAUUACACAUGAAGUUUAGUUAAACUGAGAAUAAAUAAAUAAAGACAGUUAUAUAUUUUUUAUAUAUAUGCAUUUAAAAAUAAAAUUAUUAUUUGAAAUUGAUGGACAAUCUAUAAUAUGUCAUAAUUUAAAAUUUCAAAAAAAAAAAAAAAAAAUAAAUAAAUAAAAAAAUACCCACUAUGUUGGAUAACUAAUGCUGGGAAAACUAAUUGCACAACAGAUAUAACACAAAAUUUAAGUUCUAUUAAAACAAAUAAAAACAUGCAAAUUGCUAAAAAAUUUUUUUUAUCACAUGAUUGGAAAAGCUCGCACACUAGUGUGACUGAUUUUUUUUCUUUCAAUUUUAUCACACGCAAAACCCUAAAGUGUGUAUAAUAAGGGUAACAAUUUGUAUUAAUUGGUUACAAUUAAAAACUUUUAAAAAUAUAAUAUUAAGAGCAGCGGAAUACUAUUACAGCAAAAUUACGUGUUCAUCCCCUUCCUUUUUCUUUUUUUGUUUACAAAUAAUUUAAUGGGAAGAAGUAGAACAUGAAUUACCUGGUGGCAAAACCACCAGCUCUCCGUGUCAAGUUGGUACAAUAAACGGAGUUUCAGACGGCAAAGGUGAGCCGGGUGCUGCAUCCUUGGUUUCUUUGGUUUCAAUAUCCACACGACAUAUGGGACAUCGUUUAUUAGACGACAACCACUGGUCAAUGCAUUCAAUAUGAAAUAGGUGCAUGCAUGGUAAACGCCUA